UGGGCGGCAAAUCGCGGGGAUACAGAAAUUUGUACGUGUAAUUCCCGGCAGCAGCGCCGGCUUUCGUAAAGCGUGACAGGAAGGUGAUAAUGGCGAUAAGCAAGCUAAUAGCGCUACUUAAACGAGUGUUGAGGCGCAUAAAACUGGCUGUGAUACACAAAAAAUGCGAAAAUUAGUUCGGCAUGCCAGACUAACCAUUCAGCUUGCAGUCUCGCUUAAGCUAAAUAAACAAAGUUAAGACGAGUGUGUGUGUAGCUCACGAUGCGUUAUCAAUAUUUAAUUAAUUAUUUUCUUUUUUUGGAAUUUCAAUUAUAAUAUGUACUUUAUUGUGUAUUUAAUGAAGUUGUUUCAAUUUGCUUCGCAUUUAAAAAUAUCUGUGUUAUCAGCACGAAGACUAAGUGAAAUGAUUUCUCUCAGUUGUGGCGACCAAGUCAGCAGCAAUGCCACACUGUGACAAAAGUUAGCUGAUAAGACGUCAGCGCAAUAAAUACAUUUCAUAUUUCAACUGUCUUAGACAAAAAUAUUUACUUACAUAAAAAUAAAUCUUCAGUAGCAGUUUUAUAGCUUAAGGUGUCGCAGGCACUACUCUGUUAACUGUGUGAAAGCGAGUCCCGCCCAAACUAUUGUGAAAGUGUACAAAGAGACAAGAAAUGACGCAGAAACUAAUUGUAAUCACCUUUAUCUGCUUGUUAAGCGCUGAGCUUUACAUUUGCGCCCACAUAGCACGCGUACCGCGUAGCGCCGAGAGCGAGGAAACCGUCGUCACAGAAAGUCCAGUUGAGAACGCAGUUGAGCAUAGCUUCAUUAGCAGCGCCACACGUGCUCAAUUCGAACGCGAGGCCUUGAAUGAGACCAAAAUUUUUCUAAACACCUUAUUCCGCUCGCAAAUUGAUUAUUUUAGUAAGGUAAGGGCAUUUUUACCGACCACUGUGAAGCGCGUAACGGAUAUAAACAAGUAUAUUGAGCGCUUGGAGAAAGCCAUAUUGGCGGACUCGGUGCAGGAGAAGGACAACAUGUGGCGUGACACUUUCGUUGAGUUCAGCGAAAGUGCUUUUCUACUCAAUAUUGAGAAGGAUACUGGUGUUUCAAAUAUGCGUUAUCUGGAAAUCCUUAACGAUGCUGGUCUGGAAGAGACCACUAAGAAGUUUUUAACCGAUGUGACGAUAUACUUUUGGAAAAUGGCCAAAGCGAGCGGCAAAGUAGUGGAAUCAACUAUUGAAGAACAAAUAGAGAAAUGGACAAAGGAAUGAAUUACACGAAAUUUGUGAAAAUGUAUGUGAAAGAAGUCUGAAACUAAAAACUUUGUUGAUCGAAGUACAAAAAGCCAAAAAUAUAUUUUGGAAAUAUCCCUUUGUAGUGUUAAACUAAUAUAACAAAGCAAAA